GUGACCACGGGGGCACGGGCCUACUGUUUGUUCAGCCAGAGAGGCACAGAAGAAAAAUGGCGGCUCCAGGCGAACCAAAACGGGACGCCGGGCUAAUAUUUUGAGCUUUCGCACCAGAAAAAACGCGGGGGGCACCCGGGGUUGGAUGCUCGCCGUCACCCGCGACCCCUCCUGCACCGCGGGGCUACCGCUCCGUCUCGCUUCGCCGUCGCCUAAGCGAACGCAAUCAUUGGGAUUGUAAAAUAAUAGACUUCGCCUAUCAUGAGAGGCAAAAGGGGCAGGCCGCCCAAACCGCUACCAGCCGAGGAGCCCUCUCCAGCGGCGGCCACCGUUCGGGGCUUGCGGCCGAGGAGGAAUAUCAAGCCCAGGGCUCGGGACAGCGGGGACGAGGACGUCGAGAGUCCGGUUCGGGAAGCGGCCACGCCGAGCAGAAAAAGGAAACGCGGAUCUGCCUUAUCGACGCGGGGAAGGGGACGAGGCAGAGGCGGCAGAGGAAGGCGAGGGGGUCGCGGAGGAAGGAGGGCGCCCGUCUACAAAACCGUGGUGUACGACGACCAUGAGAGCGACGAGGAGGAGGACGCCGUCAGCCUCCGGUCGGAGGAGGAAGAGCCGGUCGAGGAGGACCCUCAGUCCGAGGAGGACGAGGCCCUCAAAGCGGACUCGGACUGUCUCGAUGAUGUGCUGGACGACGAGGAGGAGGUGGAGGAGGAUGCUAGCGACUGCACGGAGAGUAGCUUUCGGAGUCAGAGCACACACGCCAGCACUCCGGGGAGAAAAAAGCCCCAUGCCCCCCGACCUCGCACCCCCAUUCUGGAGGAGAAGAACAUUCCCCCUCUUGAGCUACCCGAUUCUUCAGAGGACCUCCUGGUGCCUGGUGAAGAACUGCUUAAUGCCACCUCCAUCUACGAGGUGCUUCGGAACUUCAGCACGGUGCUGCGCCUGUCCCCCUUCCGCUUUGAGGACUUCUGCGCAGCGCUGAUCGGCCAGGAACAGUGCACUUUAAUAGCGGAGAUCCACAUUUGUCUCUUGAAGGCCAUCCUACGUGAGGAGGACUCCUCCAACACGACCUUUGGGCCUGCCGACCUCAAGGACAGCGUCAACUCCACCCUGUACUUCAUCGACGGCAUGACGUGGGCCGAGGUGCUGCGUGCGUACUGUGAAAGUGACCGAGAGUACCAUCACGUCCUUCCGUAUCAGGAAGUGGAUGACUAUCCCUACGGUUCGGUGGAAAAUAAGAUCAAGGUGCUUCAGUUCUUGGUGAACCAGUUUCUCACCACCAACAUUGCACGCGAGGAGCUGAUGUCUGAUGGCGUCAUGCAGUAUGACGACCACUGCCGCGUCUGUCACCGGCUGGGCGACCUCCUCUGUUGUGAGACCUGCCAAGCGGUUUACCACUUGGAGUGUGUGAAACCUCCUCUGGAGGAGGUCCCGGAGGACGAGUGGCAGUGUGAGAUUUGUGUGGCGCAUCAGGUACCCGGAGUUACGGACUGCGUGACGGAGGCGCAGAAGAACAGGCCCUACAUACGCCAGGAGCCCAUCGGAUACGACCGCCAUCAGAGGAAGUACUGGUUCCUGAGCAGAAGGAUUAUUGUUGAGGAGGACGGAGAGCAUGUUAAAAAGAAGAUCUGGUACUAUAGCACCAGGGCCCAGCUGGAGGAGCUCCUGGAGGGCCUGGAUAAGGAGUACUGGGAGAUGGACCUUUGUGCCACUCUGCAGGAAAUGAAGGAGGAGGUUGACACUCACAUGGCCAUCACCGAGGACCUCACCAAUAAAGCUCGUGGAAGCAAUAAAGCCUACCUCGCAACUGUCAAUGAGGUGGUCAUGGAACGAUUAAAGAGCAGACGGGAAGCACAAAAAGCUAAGGGCCAAGCAGACGAGGAAAAACUGCAAGCAGAAACCAGUUCUGGACAGACGGUGGAGGACUUGGCCACGUCCCAGCUUGGCAAUGGGGAGCACAAAGACACUGAUCCCAAGGAAGGACCUACCCCGCCUGCCUCAGCCAUCAUUCCGCCUGCUGACCAGGAGAGCUGCAUAUCUGAUUCCAAAUGCAGCUCAACCUCCCGGGACUCAGCAGAAAAUCCUCAUUCAAGUGACAAAGCCCAGGAGAGUGUGGAAUCCCCUCCGGUGGCGAAGCCAGACAAGAACCCAAAUGCUGACGUGAGCAGUGAGUCCUUGCUAACGCAAAUCCACGAUGAGCAUCCAGAAGAAGGCCAUCAGGUCCCUGACUGCGCCACUCCACGGAAACCAGAGCAGCCGGACAUGUCUGAGAGGUCGUCUCGCUCUUCUUUUACUAGCCAAGAUGGGACAGACGAGUAUAAUGAAAAUGUCAAGAAGAAUAGAGCAAGUGCAGCCACGCUGGACUUUCUUCACCAAACGCCCCGAGGCAGCAAGGAGUCGUCGCCGGUGCGCUCUGAUGGAGAAUCUUCAUCUCCCAUGUUUGCCAAAAACGACUCGGUGAACCUGAACAACUUGUUCAAACUGGGCCAGGAAGGUAAAUAUCGGGUCUACCACAACCAGUACAGCACCAACGUCCUGGCCCUCAACAAGCAUCAGCAUCGUGAGGACCAUGACAAGCGGCGCCACCUUUCCCAUAAGUUCAGCUUGACCACGGCGUCGGAGUUCAAGUGGAACGGUUCCAUCUACGGAUCCCGGAGCCUGACUGUCACCACCCUGCGGCUCACCAUCAUCCAGUUGGAGACCAGCGUCCCUCCGCCGUUCAUGCACCCGAACUGGGCAUCACACAGAACCAACUGGAACAAAGCCGUACAAAUGUGCAGCAAAGCAAGGGAGUUUGCUCUGGCAUUGGCCAUACUGGAAUGCGCCAUCAAGCCCGUUGUCAUGCUGCCCAUAUGGAAAGAUUCUCUGGGCCACACAAGGCUGCAUCGCAUGACCUCAAUGGAGCGUGAGGAGAAAGAGAAGGUGAAAAAACGGGAGAAAAAACUGGAGGAUGAGGAGACCCUGCAGCAGGCCACCUGGGUGAAGUACACCAUUCCCAUCAAACAUCAGGUGUGGAAGCAGAAGGGUGAGGAGUACAGAGUAACGGGCUAUGGUGGCUGGAGUUGGCUCAGUAAGACUCGUGUGCCUCGAUUUGUGCCCAAAUUACCAGGAAACACCAACGUAAACUACCGUAAAGAACUGGAAGCCAAAAUGAGAAAGGAGCAUGCGGCUGCUUGCACAAAUAAACAGAAAAAGGCAGAUGACAAGAUGGGGACGACUGCAAGUACAGCCAAGGACAAGCAGCAGGCAUCCAUUACUGCAUCUUCUCCAAACUCCUCCUCGGAGCAACAGCAGUCCCCCAAAGAGGAAGUGAAACCCACAGGGGAGGAGCAAGAAAAGGGCCGAGAGGUAGAAGAUAACAAAAUGGAGGUUGAGGCCUGUCUAAAUAAAGCUCCUUCAAAUGUUGAAAAAGAAGAAGUUGAAAACAAAACCCCGCCUUCGUGUGCGGUUCAGCCCGUUAAAGAGGAGCCCAUCCAGGAAAGCCAGCAACCGAAGGAGGAGGCCGCUGCACAGGAGCCUUCAUACGACGUUGUCAAUGUCAGCGAAGGGUUCCAGUUGCGGACGGCUUAUAAAGAGAAGGUCAAAGCCUCCAAACUGGAUGGACUCUUGGAGCGGCGGGUCAGACAGUUCACCUUGGAGGAAAAGCAAAGGCUGGAGCGAAUGAGACAGACGGCCCCCCCAUCAAGAACCAUGGGUGUGAGGAAGACUGAGGGAGCUGUGAGUCCGUGUGUGAAAGUUGAAGAAAAUGAGAACCAAGAUCCUGUCGUUAAAAAGCUGGACUUUGAGCAGGAAGACAACAAGCAGAAAUCAAACAUGGACGUCAAAUUGGCCUCCAUGGAAAUCAACCACAGCACGCAGAUAGAAUCCAGUCCCGUUCAGGAGAAUAGUGGAGGUGCUGCAGCACACAAAGAAGUGAACGGAGGCUCCGUCGGAGGGACUGGACUCAACAGUAAUCAGAAUUCUAAAUCAGAAGCAGUAGAAAGUGAGGAGAAAAGUGAGAAACAGGAGGUGGCUCCGGUGGCAGAGAACACAAAGAAACGUGGCUACGAGGAAAUGGAGCAAGGCGGUGCAAAGACGGACGAGGAGAACAUGGAGGUAGACCAAAGCAAGACCAAUGCAGAGCAAGUGAAUGGAGAAAGUGUCAUGGCUGCCCCUUCAGAUGCAGACCCAAGCAGUCAGAUCCAAGGUGAUAAAGAGCGUCUGAAAGAGCCUGUGAAGGCUCUAAUGAAUGGGAACGUCUCCCAGAACGAUGCCUCUUGUGACGGUCACCCACCUCCCUCAAAGGUCCCCAAAUUAGAGAAUCACGUGGCUGAGAAAGUAGAUCCUGAUAACGGUGUCAGCGAUAAUCGGGAUGCACUUGCAGUGCCUGCUAACAUUCAACCCUCAAAUCAAUCAAGUGCCUCCUCCGUUCCAGGCGGUGACAACGCCAGUCACACGGAUGAUCCAAAAACAUCCGUCACAGAGACUCCAACCCCCCAAACCGCUGUAGCAAGCAGCACCGUCUCCUCGACCGCCACCUCCAACACCAGGCCAAUCUCCUCCGCCUCUCAGAGGUCCAAACCUGUCAGUGCAGCCGUUCCUGGUCCGAAGCAGACCACCUCUGCUUCGGCCUCAAGCGGCUCCAUGACAAUAAGCAAAGAAUAUUCCACCAGCGACAGAGUAACUCUGCUCAAGUUCACCAAAUGUAAGAAGGCGCGGUCAGGCACAGCCUUGCCGUCCUAUCGCAAAUUUGUCACCAAGAGCAGCAAAAAGAGCAUCUUUGUCCUGCCAAACGACGACCUGAAGAGGCUGGCAAGGAGAGCGGGCAUCAGAGAGGUGCCCAUCUUCAGUUACAAUGCCAAGCCCGUCCUGGAUAUAUGGCCCUACCCUUCACCCCGGCCCACCUUUGGAAUCACGUGGAGGUACCGUCUCCAAACCGUCAGGUCUCUGGCAGGAGUUAGCCUGAUGCUCAGGCUCCUGUGGGCCUGUCUAAAGUGGGACGAGAUGGCCGUGAAGCCCUCUGGGGCUGUCGGGAUAACACGUAAAGAAACUACAGACACCGAUAUCACCACAACAGAGAUAAUUAAACGCAGAGACAUGGGCCCCCAUGGCAUCCGCUCGGAAUACUGUAUCAGGAAGAUCAUCUGUCCCCUUGGUAACAGAGAUACUCCCAAAGAAACCCCUACUCCACAGAGGAAAGGCCUGCGGUCCAGCGCCCUCAGGCCCAAGAAACAGGAGUCCACAAAGCCAACAGGGCCUAUUGCCGUGGAGACGUGGAUUCCUGAGGAAGACCUGGAGCUGUGGGAGAUCCGAGCCUUUGCUGAAAAAUUGGAGAGGGAGAAAUCACAAGGACUAGAUUCCUCCAAGACGAGCAGCACGCUGAAGACCUCAGAGGAUGUCAAAGCCCACUUGGAGAAUCAGCUUAAACAGGCUAGAUUGGCGUCCCAGCAGAAACGCUUUGAGCAGCAGAGACUGUGCACAACGCCUCCCCCACCCACCGCUACGACAACCGCCGCCACCACCACGUCCAGCACUCCCAGUUCCACGAGUGCGCCUGCGUCCACAGGCCAGAGGACGGGUCAGAUCACACCAGGAACCAAGAUGGUUUUGGCCUCCAAGCUGGCCUCUCCGGUCUCCCUGCAGCAAGACAAGAAUUACCAUCAGUCUUUUACAUCGUGGGUCAAGCAGGGUCAGACCAACAGCAACGCAGUCCAGCAGAAGUGCAUGAGCAUAUUCCCAUCCGGGCCUCCCGCCAACCUGAGGACAUACAGUACUCUUCAUCCUACCACCGGCAAUAUGAACAUCAGAGCGAACAGCUCGGCCUCAACUGCUCAGCAGCAGAUGCUGAAAGCAGGAAGCCACACACAACCUGGAACGCCGGUGAACCCGUCAUCGACCUCAGCUGGAGGCUCUGCCAUGGUCAGAAGUUCAGUGUUAGCUCAGCAAGGCCAUCCUCAGCCGGUCCAGAUGGGCCACGGUCAGGUUGGAUCAGCAGCCGUGUCUGCGUCCACACCUUUGCAGACAACUGAAGGUCAAAGAGCCGCGGGUUCCGUACCAUCGCCUUGCCCUGCAAGCACAGCGCCUGGACAGCGCCCUGGGGUUCCCCCUCAGGCCAACAGACCUCAGCAGGGCCAAGUCAAACUCACCAUGACACAACUCAUGCAGCUAACGCAGAGCGCUCAGGGAGGAAAUCCAGGUCUGACGGUGGUGAUCCAAGGUCAAGGCCAGACCCAGGGCCAGCUGCAGAUUGUUCCACAGGGUGUGACAGUCAUCCCCGGUCCGGGUCAGCAGCUAAUGCAGGCAGCAUUGCCCGAUGGGCAAGUCCAGCGCUUCCUCUUCACUCCCACGCCCCCAUCCUCGUCAACUUCUACGUCAGCGCCUACUCCAGCUGUUCCUGCAAAGCCCGCUGCAGUACCGGGCCCACAAACCCAGAUAUCAAGUCCUGCCCUCCCCAGAGCCCACGUCCAGACCACCCCUUCAGCCUUGGCGCAGACCCAAAUGGCCGCGCCCAUUCCUUCUUCAGCUCAACCUGCUUCACCUCAGCCUUCACAACCUGCUUCAGAUGCGGGUUCUACCCCAGCGUCUGUCCCCACGCAAACAAGCGAUCCAGCCUCUGUUCCCGCACCAGUACACGUUCCCGCACCAGCACCAGUACAAAGUCACACUUCAACCACUACCCAGUCAUCACAGUUGUCUCCCGUGUCGGCUCAGGCUUUGCCCCAGACCCAAGUUUCAUCCUCCUUAGCCGCCCCCAUCCCAGUGCAACCCGAAGGGGCAAAAGCCAUGCUUGCCUCGGCGCCAAAUGCUGGCCAAGCAAUGAUCCCAUCCAAGGUACCAGACCGAUUCCUCACGCACACUCCAACUGCAAUGUCUGUGGCUAUUUCUGGACACGUGGCACCCCAGGCCCAAACGCAGACUUUGGCCAGCCCGCCCUUGACGUCAGCCCCUGUCCAGGUACAUGUUACUGCCCCCGCCUCUGCUUUAGUCCCCCUCCCCGGCAACGCUGCUCUCCAGUUUGCUGCUAGCACUUCCCAAAUGCAUCUCUCGGCUUCCCUCCCCUCCCCCGUCCAAGUUGCUUCCUCCCCCCUCGCCCCCGUCUCUGCUCCCGUCAUCGCUGUGGUGUCCAAUCAAAUUGGCGUCCUCUCCCCGGCGAAAGCACUUACCCAAAUUCAAGCUGCGGCUCCUCGGCCUCUUCAUUCCGCCGCGGUCAAUGCUGUGGUCACGCCCGUCACUGCCACCUCGACCACGCCGUCGGUACCAGCUCUGAUAGAGCAGAGGGCAGUCCAUGCUGUUCAACAGGUAGCAGUUCCUAAUCCGCCUGCCCUGGAUACGGUUCCCGUCUCCACACCCGCGCCAGGCUCCACGCACUCAACCGUGCCCCCCCUGCCUCCAGCGUCGCUUCCCUUGCAGUCUCCAGUCCAGCACCCUGCGCUGGUGUCCAUGCAGCAGGUGCCGCAGAUGCCAGUGUCUGCUGUGCAGCUUCAUAUGAAGGCGUUACCCGUCCCUUCUGUGGUGACGACAGUGAGGCACGCCCAGCCGCCAGCACUCAGUCCGCUGCAGGCCCAGCCUCCAAACCAGAUCUGUGCACAGAUUCAGGUCCAGCCUUGCGGCCAAGUCCAACAACUGCAGCAUAUUCAGUCCCCACCCCGUCUCCAGACCCAAGCGCAGAUACGAGUUCACUUCCAGCCUCAAGCUCAACAAGCGUCCCAACCCCAAGUCCACCAGCUUCCUCAAAUUCAACCCCAAGUGCAAUUCACCUCCCAAAACCAGACCUUGCCCCAGGUUCAGGUCCAGCAUCAGUACCAGUCCAAGGUAGCGGGUACGCUUCAGACACAAGUGCAAACCCAACCACAGGCUCAGCAACAGCCUCAGGUUCAGACUCAGGCUCCAGCCCAGAUUCAGGUCCAGUUCCAACAGCAGAAUCCGCUUCACGCUCAAGUCCAGACUCAGUCGCCAAUUAAAAGUCCCAUACAGACCCAAACUCAAUUCAAAGUUCAGUCCCCGACCCAGGUUCAGGUACAGACUCAACCCCAAGUGCAAGCUCAGGUCCAGGUCCAGUUUCAGUCCCCAAACCGAGGUCAUGUCCAGGCUCAGCCUCAGCUUCAAGUGCAGCCUCCCAUCAGGCAUCAGCUCAUCACCGUCCCGGGGCUUCAACAGCCAGUCCAACUGUUGUCGGCCCUGCCGCCCCAUGUUGCGGCCCAGAUCCAGGCCCAGAUCCAAGCGCAGGCGCAGCAGCAAGGCGGGGCGGUUCCUCAGCAAAUCAAACUGCAGCUACCCAUCCAGAUCCAGCAGACGGGGAGUCAAAUUCAAACGCACCAAAUCCAGAACAUGGUGACCAUACAGGCGCCGACGAGCGUGCAGGACCAACUCCAAAGGAUGCAGCAGCAGCAGCAACCUUCACCACCAAAGAAGAAGAAACACCAAGAGACGAAGAGGGAGCAGAAAGAUCAGAAUCAGGUGACUGUGAGCCUCGGAGAUGCCGUUCAUAAACAGGUGGGAGCCAAGCCAAGUGUUCCAUCAGAACAGCUGAAACAGAGGAAGACUGUAGCUGCUGCGGAGCGGGAGGAGAACCAGAGGAUGAUUGUGUGUAACCAGGUGAUGAAGUACAUUCUGGAUAAAAUUGAGAAGGACGAGAAGCAGGCCGCCAAGAAGAGGAGGAAGGAGGAGGUGGUGGAGCAGAAGCGCUCCAAGCAGAAUGCCACCAGGCUCACGGCACUGCUCUACAAGCACAAAGAGCACCUGAAGGCCGAGAUCCUGAAGAAGAGGGCCCUGCUGGACAAGGACCUUCAGAUGCAAGUCCAGGAGGAGCUGAGGCGGGACAUCGCCAGGCUACAGAAGGAGAAAGAGAAAGCCCGAGCCGCCAUCGCCCAGGCUGCGGCAGCCACGGUCAAGGCGACGGCGCACUCUUCUCACUCUUCUCACCCCUCUCACCCUUCUCACCCCUCUCACUCCACACAUUCCUCCCACACUACCCACACGCCGCCACAUCCGCCCUCAUCCCAUAAACGCAAGCGAGAAGACGAGCGAGACAGAGACAGAAACCGGGACAAGGAGCGACAUCACGACAAGAAACGGGACAAGGACCGGGACAAAGACAGGGACAGAUACAAAGACCGGGAAAGAGAGCGAGAGCGAGACCGUGAUCGAGACAAGGACAGGAUGCGAGAGCAAGAGCACACCCGCCACCGGGACAGGGACAGGGACAGAGAAAGGGACAGAGACAAGGACCGAGAUCCCUUCUCAUCCAAACACAAAAAGAAGAAGAAGCUCUCCUCUACCUCAAAGGAUCACCAGAAGGACACCAAGUUGUACUGUAUCUGCAAGACGCCCUACGAUGAGUCCAAGUUUUACAUCGGGUGUGACCUGUGCUCCAACUGGUUCCACGGCGCCUGCGUGGGCAUCACCGAGAAGGAAGCUAAGAAGCUGGAGGACUUUGUGUGUAACGACUGUAAACGAGGCCAGGAGGGAGGAAGCAAGGAAGAACUCUACUGCAUCUGCCGGACACCCUAUGACGAAUCACAGUUCUACAUCGGCUGUGAUCGCUGCCAGAACUGGUACCACGGACGCUGCGUGGGCAUCCUGCAGAGCGAGGCCAACCACAUCGACGUCUACGUGUGCCCCCAGUGUCAGUCCACCGAGGACGCCAUGACGGUCCUCACGCCGCUGACGGACAAAGACUACGAGGGCUUGAAAAGAAUCCUCCGCUCCUUGCAGUCUCACAAAAUGGCUUGGCCUUUCCUUGAGCCCGUGGAUCCGCACGAUGCACCCGAUUACUAUCGCGUGAUCAAGGAGCCCAUGGACUUUUCCACCAUGGAAGGCCGCUUACAGAAGCGCCACUACCGCAAGCUCACUGAGUUUGUGGCCGACGUGACCAAAAUCUUCGACAACUGCCGCUACUACAACCCCAACGACACGCCCUUCUUUCAGUGUGCGGAGGUGCUGGAAGGCUUCUUUGUCCAGAAGCUGAAAUGUUUCAAAGCGGGCAGAUUGUCAGAUUCUUAAACGGGCCAGUCUAGCCGGAGUCUGGACUGGACGCUUGGUUCUCUAAUGCUAAGAAUGGCAAGAAUGUCCAGUAAUCCCAGUAACGUGGUAGCCAUGUUGCCCAUAGUUCUUGGUCAGUGAUGAGGAUACUUCCACAUCAAGAGUAUCGCUCCAAACAACAAGUUGUUUUAAAAGCAUUUUACCCAGGCGUUGGUAUUUAUUUCCUUCAUCUUGUGUCCAUCUUUGGAGGAUGGGAUGAGUCGGGGUCCACCGUGCUAGUUCAAGUAGACAAAGCUGCAUAUUUUAUUACACAGAUAUUUAUCAUUUGGCUCCACCUCCUUUAGUGUACAUACUUUUAUCGUGUACAGUGGUUGUAAUAUAGAAUGUUGGAGGCUUUUUAACAAAUCAUCUUUAUACGAGAGUCGGUGUACGGCCCUUGCAUGCGCAUUCUAGUCCCCUCUUGCACAGAAACAAAAUGGAAAGCUGUUUGCAAUCAAGAAAAAAAGGCAUUCCUAGUACUGGCAUCCAACAUGGCGGCGGGGUCAUCUCUCAGUGCAUCCGUGUCUAUGUGAUGGUUGUCUACAUGUCGCAGAACAGCAUGCGAAGGCCACUUAACCUGCCCCUCUCUCCACACUGUAGGUCUCAUAGCAACAAGCUACAGGCGUCUUCUGCAGCCUCUUAGAAAGAUAAACAAAAUGCACUUGCCCUCAUAUUUGGCUUUUUUCUCACCUGCGACUCUUGUGACCAACUACGCCACGCCCCGACUUUGGGGUGUGCUCCUUUAACUGUGCAACCCAGCACUGCUGCUUCACAGAGUCCACCAGGCUGACCAGUUCAGCUCCAAGGGACCUUUUUUCUACCCGUCUUCUUCUAGCAUCGGCUCAGUCAUUUCAGAAGACACUUUACCUCGGAGGAAAGACUCAAGGAGCGCUCACCUUUCCAUGUACUUUUUUUUUUUUUUAUUCUUCACUCUUGUUAAAAGUCCCGCCGGCCAUCUGAGGGGUCGCCGCCUUCAACGAGAGAAGUACAGAGCGAACUAUCAUGGCUGAGUUUUACUGAGCAUCUUGGAAAUGUCUGUACAUUCGCAGUGGAACAUCCUUGUUUUUUUUUUUUACUCCUUCAGUGUUCAUUCUGAAGUGGCAUGACACAAGAAGACGCUUGUACAACAACAACAACAGCAGCAGCAGCUGGUUGGGCUGUGGAAGUGGCUCGACGGUAGCGACUGACUUGAGUGACCAAUCUGUAUUUGAAGGUUCCUGCUCUGUUUGUAUAAAAAGUCUGUUUUGGACUUGAGUUUUUUUGUAUUACAGUUGAAGAAUUAUGGAUGUAUAUGGAAUUAAUAAAAUGCCGAAGUCUUGAACGGU